UGCCGGGUGCUGGCGCUCAUCGACAAGGUGCAGGUGGUGCAGGAUCCGGCAACCGGCAGGACCUUCAUCCUGAAGAGUCUCCCCAAGUCCUUCGUGGAGACCCGCACACGCCAGACUAUCAUCCCACAUGGUGUCCCCUUUAUGGUGAAGCUGCUGUGCUACUAUGCGAGUGAGGACUCCAUCUUCCUGCACCUGGAGCACGUGCAGGGGGAGACACUGUGGUCCCACCUGCGUGCCAAGUACCGCUCUCAGCAGGGCCCUUCCCCCGGCUCCGGUUCCCUGUGUACCACAGUCCCCCCAGCCCUGCAGGGCCAUGGGGGAGAGAACAGCGAGGGCAGCGCCCAAGGGAGCAGCCAGGGCUCCUCCAACCAAGCUGCAUUCACUCCCAGCCCCAGCCUCUGUGAGCAGGGUCUGGUCUUCCACACCCAGAACUCUGUGACCUCUGGCGAGACCAAGGGCUGCGUGUUGGCAAGAACAGCUCAGCAUGAGCCCAGGGCUCUCAGUGGCCAGACUGCCAGUCUGACCCUUGGUCAUGCUCCAGCCCCACUUCGCAGGGCUCCGACUUCCUGGGGGCACGGCCGCACGGCCUGGGCUGUGAAGGAGGAGCAAGUGCAGAUGUGGGCAGCAGAAAUCCUCUUGGCCUUAGAAGGGCUUCACCAACAGGGCGUGUUGUGCCGGGACCUCAAUCCCAGGAACCUGCUGCUGGAUACAGCUGGUCACAUCCGUCUUACCUUCUUUGGCCAGUGGACAGAGGUAGAGCCACAGUGUUGCAGCCAAGCACUGGAGCAGCUGUACAGUGCCCCAGAAGUGGGGGGCAUCGCAGAGCCAACUGAAGCAGCGGACUGCUGGAGCUUUGGGUCACUGCUGUACGAGCUGUUGACUGGAGUGCCGCUGUUCCAAAGCCAUCCAACAGGGAUCUACCCUCACACACAGUUGCUUCUGCCUGAGGGUCUCAGCCUGGCAGCUACAUCACUACUCACUCAGCUCCUGCAGCACAACCCCAAACAGCGUUUGGGUGCAGGAGGAGGUGGAAUCGCCAAGCUCAAGUCCCACUCUUUCUUCAGCACCAUCCCUUGGAGCAAACUGGUGGGCUAAGCAGGGGAACUUGAGGGGCUGCGUCCUACCCAAAGCCUGUGAACCCACUAGGCACCUCUGCUUGCAGUGGGGGGAGGUCUGCUUGUAAAGGGGGAGGGCACAUAUGAGGUUGUGCAGCCACAAAUCUUCUUCCGUUGCUGCCUAUGCUUGCUAGCCUCUUCAAGGGGAGGCUGAGGGUUCUUCCAUUAGGACCCCCCUGCUUGGGCUGGAGUCUAUGCCCUAAACCUCCUCUUGUACCACCCUUUUCGGCUGCUGAGGAGAGGCCAUGGCCCACUGCUUAGCACAGUGCCGUGGGGUCUCUUCCCUCUGGUUUUAUUUUUGCUGCUCCUGCAGUUGAUGUCCCCGUUAUUUUUUGUGGCUUCCAGUUGUGUUCACCCCGGGACUCUGCUGGCUGGUGCCCGAGCCUGCGCUCUGUGCCAUUCACCAGCUGCAUGUGUGUGGUAAUGCCUGCUGCAGGUCAGGGGUGGGAUGGAACCCAUGGCUCUUCUACUCCCAGCUCUGCGAAAAGAAUAAACCACAUGUGACUGCUUG